GCAGUUGGCACCGCCGAGGCCACAAGGAGCAUGAAUCUGGGUGUUACCUUACAUUUGAUCAUAUAUCUACACUUAUCAUUGGCAGCUGGUAUCCAAACCAAGGCUGUGAUAAGACAUGGUGGGAACAGGAUUCCCUUGAAAUCACAUUGCUGCUUAACCGUUGCGCGGAGUAACGUUGAUAGUGCUGCUAGAGGUGAUCUAUGCCGUCAUAAUAGGGCUACUAUACAAAAGGCAACUACCAGUACACCGGGCAACAUACACUUGGGACCCUCUGUGGCCUUUAUAUCACACAGUUAUAUUAAUUGUGGACCUCUGACACCCAGGCGACUGGCUGCAUGUCGUAGUACAGAUGAACGGAUGUGCCGUGAGGGCGAAGGCUUUGAAGGUGAUACCACCUUCGACGGCACCGUGGAAAGUGGCAGUAACCAAACUGGACUUACAAAGAAGCAGUACGAGUCGCUAAAAACAUUGCUUGAUACUAAUUUCCCGGUAGAGCCGACAGGAGAUGAAGAUGAAGCGCAUCCACUAAGUGAUAUAGUCCUGAAGUACUGGGGAAGGAAGCCUAACCCUAGAGAUGCGCUCAUGCAAAAUAUCGCCAAGUUAGAGAAGGAGUGGGAGGCCACUGGCAGCCGUGAGGAAGCGUGUAAGAAGCUGAAUUUACCACAACCCAUCAAAUUCAAACCUGAGCUUAUAAGUGCAAUGCUUAGGGAUAUGUUUGACUUGCGUAAAGAGCCCAGUACAUUCGUUGAAAAUGUGAUGGCCAUGAUGGGAUUUGCAUCAAGGGAAACUCACGCACCCGGCGACGGCAAGUGGCCCUUUGGAAUAAAGCCCAAGGACGCCAGUAUUGAGAAGCCACUGACCAGAAAUGCGUUGAUUGGCUACCUUGGGGUGGAUUACUACAGACAUCUCGAGCAGCUGGCCCGUAGGGAUCCCGAUAUAGCUCGAAGGAUACUGACGGUCAUACAUCGCAUGUACAGGGCACCGCAGCUGGUCUUAGACACCUGUGAAAACCGUGAACCAACUGACAAGGAGAUCUACAUGGACUCCGACAAGCUCAAGAAGGCCCAAUGUGUGGUUUAUAAGGAAUUCAUCAAGGACUACCCAGAUCUACAGUGGCCGGUGGAUGACCAGGGCUUCCUGGAUAUCUACAACAAGUGGUACCCCGAGGACGCAUUGGAGUUGAACAAUACGUUACCCGAUUUAAUGAAGCAGAUAUACGGCCCGGGUGACGAUAUAAAGCCUCCCAAUUUCUUUUACCGAUUUCUAGGAAUACCCGCAGUAAGUUGCGCAGCUGGAGCACUUUUGGGUGGCGUGGCAGCGCAGCUGAUCAACAUGGGAACACAGUUCAUACCCGGCCUGGACCUCCAGUACUUUGUAACCAACAAGGUAUGUGGCGCGGUAAUAGCACUUGGCACGUGGUUUGGAAUGUCAAGGGACCUGAAGGUCAAAGGCAGCGUCUUCCAACUGGCGCUGAAGACCCUCGUGGACAACGGGAUGAAGGAUAAUACAAAGUUAAGGGCAGCGGCUUAUAGCGGGAUCAUACCAAAGUAUGACGUGGUUACGGACUUGGAAAGGUUUGUAAUAUAUGCAACCAUAGCAGGGUUCAAUAGAGCUCUGCAGCUGGUAAAGGAAGGAUCCCGGAGUAUAGAUACGUGGAACACGUUAGCAAGGCAGGUUGGGAGAGUGGCCGAAGUGUGCUUACCCAUGUGCCGCGUGUCGGUAUACCGGAUUAUAUACUUUGCGGCAUGUGACCUUGCUUCAUCAGAUCUGCUACCAUGUACACAUGGAAACGAAGUACUCGGCAAGGCAAUAUCAGGUGACCCCGAGUACUCCGAUGACGAUUAUUCUGAGAUUUACAAGGAAAAGAAUGCUGCUCACGGGCUGCCGCCACCGGAAUCAUUCAGGGAGGCGCACCAAAGGACGGCCCUGCUGUUCACCACAUUCUGCCUACAGGCGUUUGGCAAUAUCAAGCACUUUACGCGCACUUCAGAAGAGCAACUUGACAGAUACCAGGAAUUCCUGAGGGAUAUAAAGCUUAUGAAAGUAUCAGAUGAAGCGUGGGACAACCUCCGGGACCAGCCUAUGCAACCGUCACUGCUGGACGACGUUGAAAAGUGGUCGAGGGACCUGGAACGUGCUGGCGGGAAGCUCAAACGAAUUGCUCUAGUGAGGGAAUAUGGAUUCAAUCCAUUAGAUGAAUUCAUGGGCGAAACCGCAGAGGAAAAGCACAACAGGAUGCAAAUUGAACUCCAAGAGGCCAGGGACGCCGUUAAGGACAUCACCUCACCAAUAGGCUACAAGCUGGAACUGCUCAAGGCAAUGUCUAUCAUUAUGUUCCUCAGGGAGGAGUGGCUACUUGAGCGUUAUAGGGACUUUAUCAAAAAGCAGUGCGUCGAGUUCAUCACCAACGAAAUUGAAGGCAUGUCCACGGAUAUAGACACCAAGAUACAAAGCUUCCAGAUAGCGGCAGCGCACGUAGCGGGAGUUAAGCGUGAUGCAAUCUUUGCACUAGCUAGACGCUGGAACGAGGAGAAUAAACUUGAUCACGAUAAACUAUUGGAACUUGGGCGUGCGGCUGGUAUAUCAGAUGACAUAGUAUUAGACGCAGCCAGUGCCGCGACGUUCAAUGAAAUGCUACAGGAAAUGUACAACUGGGACCUCACCACAGUCACUGCGGAAUUACUAAUAGAAAUAAAGGAACGGUAUAGAUGCCGGGAUCUGGUACUCAUCAAUGCGCUGUGUGAGUCAAUAAAGAAACAGACAGCAGAGCACAAGAAGGAAAUGGUGAAUGCGAAAAACAAGUACAACUGGAACCUUGUGGAGAAGCACAUGUCCAUAUUACUCCGAGGCAAAACCGCAGUUAUAAACGCAGCUGCCAGCACUAUCGACUGUAAACUGUGGUAUCGCAUUGACAGGGCAUUUCUACAGAACAUCCCGUUUGUAGACAAGGAGUUCACGGAUGAUGAAAUAUUGGGAACGGGGGAAAUAGCCAAAAUUAGCAACCAAGAUUGGGAAAUGAAGGAUCCGCCACCACCAAAAUCCGAUUUCCAGCAGAUGGAUGAAGAGUUCCAAAAGCAACUUGAUGACAUCAAGCCGCUGACGAUAUACGGCGAGGACACACGUACGCCAAUUCAUAAACAAUUGGAAAUAAUAGACAUGGUUGAAAAGGGUAAACUGGACCCCAAGUUCCAAUGCAUACCAAAUGUAUUGCACGUUGGGGAGCGCCCAAAGGAGCUAGAGUAUGAGAUUGAUCGGAAGCUACCCGAAGACCCGUACGAAUUAAGGAGGCAGAUAGUAUCCAGCCGAGAUGCAUACGCCUCAUGGGUGAUAUACUGCUACCGGAAGCGGGAUGUCAACCCCAAUGAUGUGAAAACACUGCUGACUAUAUUCCCAUUUCUGGAAAACAUGAUAAGCAGGAGCGACCUUGACUGGAGACGGUUGUACGCUAGACAACGAUUGAGACAAAAAGAUAGCCUGGGAUCAAAGGUCAAUUGGUGCAAGGAAAUGGAUUGUGAUGAAGCAACUGCAAGGAAAGUAUGUGGCAUUGCCUAUGAAGAGGAGCUACUCAGACGUACAGGAGCAUACGUGGAGCACAUAGAAGAUGAUAUCGGUGACGUUAAAGACCAUUACUUCAACCCUUUUGACCCGUCUAUAUACAACAGGCUGAACUACUUGUACUCUGAACGGGUUCCAGGUGAACUGGAGCUUGAGAACAUCCAAAAGCUCCAGCAGUUCUUCGAUCUACCACCCGAAGAUAUAUCAGUUAUACACACUAAAUGCUUUUCUUAUGCACUGAGCACGCAUUUUUGCAAUGUCAUGAAAAAGUCACCGCGGGAAUGGCUAGAUAAAGUAGAAUCAGAACUUGUGCCACUGGCACAGAAACUGUAUAUAGAAGAGCGACCUUUGGAUAUGAUGCUGAGGAAGGCUGAAUACGACUACCUCAUGGUAGAAGCCAAUAGACUUAUGAUGGACCGGAAGCCAGGAAAGGACUUUGAAGAACGAUGUGACUAUAUAAUAGAGGAGUUCAAGAGACUGAAGGUAUUCUAUUCCAAAAAUGGGAACCACAGGCAGAAAUUCUCCAUUAGCUCGCACAACGACAACCUGCUGGAAGAAAUCAUGGGUGCAUUCAUCAUAUCACACUGCGAUGUAUACGGAUACGUUGAUCAGCGUAAACUAGAUGAGCAGUGCGCGGUAUAUGGGAUGUGCGGAGAUUUUAGAAGAAAGAUCCUCAAUCGCUUAGGGCGUAAAUUCUAUCACAGGUUCCUGCGCAAAUUCAGUGAAGAAGAACUUAGCAUGGACUCAUUCAAAGAAUUGGAACACCUCCACAGGACAUAUGAAUUCACCGAUCAGGAUGUAGCAGACAUAUACAAAACCCACGUUGGAAUACGGAUACGUGAUUGGUACGACCCCCAAGCUGGAUUGGAUAGUUUGAAACGGCUGAUACCGUUAAUACACGAUAAGAACAUCAGCUACUUCAUACCGUUCGAAAGGUCAAGGCGAGUGCAGUGGCUGUUUAAUAUAGUCAACGACUGUAUCAACCACGGAGUGGAUAAAGCUGAUACACGCAUAUACACGUAUACAGUAGAAGAUUUCAUGCAGCUUACGUACGAAGGCGGUGAAGAAGACUUUGAGUCCCUCCAAGGCAUCAUCAACACAGCCAUACGGGCAUUACACAUGACACCAGAGGAAAUUGAAAUAUCGAGAAUCGUUAUCGCAGAAGAACUUGGAGGAGCCGCUUUGGAAAAGGCAAUGCAAAUGCUACAAGUUAAGGGAGGAAUAUACUCCGCAGAUGGUGAAGUAUCUAAAUUUGUUAGAGCAAUGGCAGUAGCACCCAAAGGAACCAUACCGUCCAUCAAGAAAAACCUACCAGUCAUAAGGAAUUAUGAACUUAUACGUAAAGUUAUCAUGAUGCUACCGUGCUCAGAUGAUGCAUUGGCCAAAUCAAUCAAGAUGCUAAAUGAAGUUGAACAAGCAUGAAAAUAGCAGUUACACAACCAGUUAGUACAUGUAACGUACACCAAUGUGCCAGUACAUGUACAUUAAACAACGAUGGCCUUUUCUCCGCAGCAGUACACUUUUCGCAUUAGCUGUGAUAUGCAUACCCACGGACCCUAGAACUACAUUUAACGAAUACCAG